AUGACUAGUUUCUUGCAAAGGGUGGAGAAUCAACUGAUCUUCCAAUCCUUGGUGGAGACAAAGAGCCAAAUCGCUCCUAGGGAGCGCACGGCUAGCGCAAAGACAAGUGGUGCUGGAAAGCAGGGACCACCACUGGUUGCAUCGAAUGUACUCGCAUGUAGAAACAACACAGACUUGUUCUACGUCAGGAAGAACAUCGUGAGAUGCAGUUCAGUCAACAGCAAGACGUCAAACUACCGCAUCCUCCGGAACGACGGCGUUAUUACGUUCAUGCCGCGCGCCUUGUCGUUGAAUCUGCUGGGCACCCAUUUGGCUGUGGUGGGAGACGAGAACAUUAUUGUGUACACUUUGCCCGCCAAUAUCAGCAGUCUGGAGGAGGCCGUGUUGCCCGUCAGGAGCGUCACUUUGGGGCUUUUUGGCAAGAUCGCCGGUCAAGUAGCACAGGUGUUGUGGCAGCCUUGCACCGCCAACGACGUCACUCUCGUCGUGUUGACCAAACAGGGGAAGGUCCUCUUGUACGACUUGAGGAUUCUGUAUUUGUCCCCACAGCUUGAGAUUGACUUGAAGAAAGAAAUAGGUACUGGAGCCGACGUGGUGGCCAUUUCCUUUGGCUCCGACUUGGUGCUCUCUGGGUGUCUUCUGUUGUAUUGUUUGACGUCCCUGGGGAACACCUACUGUGUCUAUCCGUUCCAGCAUCGCGCUGGGAAGUUGGCCGUCAGUAAGGAGCAAGUUGUAGCACUCUAUAACGAGACCAAGGUGCUUGUGGAGCACGUGGAGGGCCUUUUGGCUGGUGUUGAGGACGGUGAAGUAGGCGGCGCAAUCGGCGCCAACACCCCAUUGAAAUUGGCCUGCAGACGCCAAUAUGAGUACGUCGACGACUUGUACCGCCAAGUGACCGGCUCGUUGGCUCCUAGAUUUGAUACCGUGGCGGUAGACAAAUAUGUAGUGGAGCAACGCAAGAUCCCGGAAGUGGGCACGGUCGAUGUCCAAGGUCCUUUGAGUAAGCCACCACCAGCUGCUGCUGGUACCACCUCUACGGCCAGGGCAACUUCCUUGGCCUAUGUCGGGUCCAAUCGCGAGUUCCUGGCCCUUGUCUCCUCGUUUGAAGACGGGACAGUUGCCUAUUCGGCACAACUCAAACCCUUGGUGAUGAAAUGGACCGUGCCCUCAGAUGGCCCUGUCCCCGUAGCAAUUGCCAAGGCCACUGGCUCUGACCUGGUCUCUGCUUACAAGACGCCAAUACGUGGGUUUGGAUACGUUGAAGACCGUGACGAGGAAGACUCGGUAGAAUACGACUCGUACUUACGAGAACUAUCCCUUUGGAAAGAUGAAUUCCGCAAACUCAGUUGCUUGGCCCGUGAUAGAAUCGGCCGGGGUAACCCUGCAUCUGUUGUUGGCUUGGUUGGACGUCCAUACGAGUUCAUCGUCAAGCUUGGAGAUGAUUUGGUGUUUGUCAAUGUUCAACAAUGGAUCGAAGAUCUUUUACAAGGGGUAAGACCAAAAGAUGACGCAGUGAUAUACAAAUGGGUCCAUGAUUCGAGUGCCAAAGGUGGUAAGUUGGAUGGCUUUGUGGUGCUUGAAGACACCCUCACCGACGAGGGAAGUCUCUUGGUGGGUGUAGGCAAUGAAAAAUUGUACACCAACGAGGUUAGCAACAGGAAAGAGGUGAAGAAAUCUGUGAAAUCGAUAGAAGGGGAAAGCUUGGCCCUUGUGAAACCAGUUUCGGAGCUUGUUAGAUCUCCCUUUGAGGAACUUCAUGUCCUUUUACAAGAGAGCUCACACCAUUUAGACGUGGAAUCCAUCAAGAAAUUGAUAUCUGGAUCCGCAGUCAACUUCAAAAAGCCCAUAGAUUCCACUGACCCAGACACUUUGAAUUCGGUUCAUGAGUUGUCGGUGGGGACCAUUGGCCAUGUUACCGCACUCACAGAAUUUGCAUUUAGUCUUAAGCUGCGUAUGGAUACGGAACUUGAAACUUUGAGGGCCAACAUCAACUCCUUGAACUCUGUCAAGGGCUCGCUUUCCACCAUCAACCGCGAAUCUACCAACGAAACCAGGUCUACCGUACGUAAGUUUAUCAGUAGACAGGAUAAGAUCGAGGAAACACUCGACUCGAUCCACUCAAAGAUCUUGGAGGCCGUAAGAACCAUCAGCUUGAACAGUCAAUUGCCCAUCUCUGAUGCCGAAAGGGCCUGGUUCAAGGAAUUGAACUCUAUCACAGAGCAGGUGAAGGAUACAGCAAGUGCUACUGGUGACGGUGGAAGUGAAUCAGAAGAGAAGGAAUUGCAGAAACAGGUCAGACGCGUGUUGCAAGAGUAUGAGAACAGAGGACUCAGCAUCGAGCUGAAAUCGUCUGCAAACUCUGCCAAGGCUGUACAGCUCUUGGAAUGGCUCAAGAAAGAAGGGAAGUUGAUUAACUUGGCUAAGGCGAAGUUGGACAAGAAGUUACAACAAGUUGAAUUAGAGUAA